AUGCGAAAUGCUACGAAGGACGUAUCGUGGCGCGACCAUAUGCAUCCUCCUGUUUCUUUGAGAGUGCUCCUAGGAGGUAGUAGUAGAAGCGGUUCCUUUUUGCCGACCACGCUGCUUGAUAGGCACACACACUCACCCACUCACUCACUUCAAUACUCAAUGACUCACUCACUCACACACUUAAAUACUCGUGACUUACUCACUAAUUUACUAACUCUCACUUAUCAAAUGGCUGACUUCGUUGAGCUUGAUACUCACGCAUUGACCCACCUAUUAAGUACAAUUGGAAUCUUCAACAUAUGUGAUGAUGUUGUAACUAGCAAUAGCGAAUGACUGUGGAGGUCUGAUAAAUGCAAGGCAACUAUUUUUGUGAAUAUGUCAACGAAUGACUGUGGUCUGAUAAAUGCAAGGCAACUAUUUUUGUGAAUAUGUCAACGAAUGAAUGUGGUCUGAUAAAUGCAAAGCAACUAUUUUUGUGAGGUCGUGAAUAUGUCUAGCGUAAUUCUCUUUCCCGAUGGCCCUAUACCUGUGACGCUGUCCUGAAGCAGAUAACAGCCUGUACACGUGACUAAACUGUCAGACCGGUACGAACAACAUAAAUAUGAACAAUGCGCUGCAGCUCGUAAAAGUACUAGUACUUUUAGGCGCCAGUCCGUGAUGUCAUGUGAGCAGUAUGUCCUAAAGUAUCGUAGAAGUAUCUAUUACUAUUGGCAACGUAGAAGUAUCCCCCAUACCUGUAAUGUGUUAGACACCGUCCCACAAGCGACGUUGACGACGAGAUUGGCCUCGAACUCGUAAUUUGCAAAAUAUUUAUUGAUAUUGGUAAUGGUCGAGUACUGGCCAAUCGAGUUCUGUGCAGGAUCCACGACCUAAUAACCUAACCAACGGGGAGCAGGAUAAACACGAGUAAGUUGUAUGAUCUCUGCGUAAUUAAUGCACCAGGGACAACGAACUGCCUUGGCCAUAUCUUGACUUGGUUGGGCACCUCAACAUUUCCGAACGCGAACAAUAGAGUCACAGCACUAGCAAAAACUAAAUAGAACAUGACACGUCCACCAAUGAAGGAAGAAGCAGCAAGAAGAUGAACUCUACACAGAUUCGUUCUGACGGUACUACAGGUCACCCUGAUGUGGACGGCGAAUCAACUCCUAUCUAUCGUAUUCUGAACUUCUCUAGCACGACUAACGACCUGCGAGACGAU